AUGGAGAAGCUUGAAUCCGGAAACGCAGUACUCCAAACGAUCCAUUCUUCUGAAGGAGGAAGGGCGUUAAAAUUGUUACAACAGAGACAGAAAAGACAUCAAGAAUUAGAGAAAACAAAAGAAGAGAUUGAGAGUGAGACGAAGAAACGUCGAUUGCAUAAAAUUGAUGAAAAAUAUCAAGGAUCAACAACAGAGGCGUUGGAGGAGUCUUUCCGUCAACAAACCGUUGGACUCGUUUCAGCAGACGCAUUUAGAGAAGCACGAAGAAAAUUAGAAGAACUAAGACAUCAACAGGAGAAGGCGAUAGAAGAGAAAGAAUCAGAUAUUCCAACUCGGCUGAAAAAACAAAAAGCUGCAACCAGUAAAUUAUCGUUUCAAGUUGAAGAUGAAGAAGAGGAAGAGGAAGCUGUUGGUAAUGAAGUUAAAAAUGAAGAUUCAAAAAGUGAAAGUGAAAAUCUAGAAGGCGACGAUUCUAGUCUAUCGUCAAGUUGUGCUUUGCCAAAGAAGAAGUACUUUGGGAAGGAUCCAACUGUGAACACCUCUUUUUUGGCAGAUGUUGAAAGAGAUGAAAAGAUAAGACAAGAGAAAGAAAAACUAAUUAAGAAUUACUAUGAAGAAUUAGAGAAAGAGAAACACGAUAUGCUUGAGGUUACUUACUCAUAUUGGGAUGGGAAUGGACAUCGGCGCUCUAUCCACAUCGAAAAAGGAAAGACAAUUGGACAAUUUAUUACUGAAUGUCGGAAGACCCUUGAAAAAGAUUUUCCAGAAUUAAAAUCUGUAUCUAAUGAAAAUUUGCUUUAUGUUAAAGAAGAUCUAAUUCUUCCUCAUCAUGUGACAUUUCACGAUUUGAUAAGAAGUAGAGCGCGUGGAAAAUCUGGACCGCUUUUUAAUUUCGAUGUUCAUGAGGAUGUUCGAAUGCGGACUGAUGUUCGAAUAGAAAAGGAUGAAUCUCAUGCUGGAAAGAUUGUUGAUCGGAAAUGGUAUGAGAAGAACAAGCACAUAUUUCCUGCAUCAAGAUGGGAAGCAGUAAGUUGCACAAUGCCAUCAAUGGUAAUUGUUUUUUUUACAGUACGAUCCAAACAAGACGUUCGAGAAAUACACGAUUAA